GGCAAAUCUUUUUCAAAUGAAUUUGUUAAUGAAAUUACUGUUUCUUGUUUCUUCUCCUAAUCAAUUUUAGAUAAAUGAAGAGCUGUAAUGCAUUUAUCAUCCAACUACACAUAUAUAGUUCUUGAAAAAGGAAAAAAAAAACACAAAAUUUUAAGGAAAAAUCAGGUGCUUGAGUGCAUACUUUGUCUGUUUUACCAGGUUUCUGACAGUUUUUACGCAUUGAUCAGCGUGUAAUUCAAGAUACCUGAUUUUGGUUUUUUUUUUCUUGGCUGAUGAUGCCUUUAUAAGAAGUGCAGCAGGAUAAUCCAUCGAUAUCCUUUUUUCGAUAUCUCAUUCAAAAGUUAAAAAGGAGUGUAAAAUCAAUGAUAGAAUCAGCGGUCAGAAACUGUGUUCCUAUGGAAUGUAUCUAGUCCUAAUGCGUGUUCUUGAUAUCAAGUGUAGAUGCAAUCGAUCUCAAGCUUUCAUUGUUUGUGGCAGGAACAUACAAUCUUAUCUUUCACGUGCAUUUUUGUUCUUUGCUCCCAUCAGUAAGAAGUUUCUUAUCCUGGUAGAUAAUCAAUCAUGGAGGAUGAACAACCAUUAUUCAAGAUCUGCCCACAUAAAGGAGUUAAUGAGCACCACGUAUAGAAUUUCACCUUUUAAAAAUAGCAGAACUUUACCGAGGAGUCCAAGUUUAAGAAGCAGAUCACCUAGUUCUGAAAAGAGCUCGAAUAAGUGGCUUCCCACUGUUACAAUGGCUACUUGGAGAGAAAACUCUCCAUUUUCUGCAUUGAAUUUGUACAAAACCUUGCAUGGUUUUAUUGUGUUUGAUGUUGCAUGGGAAGAUGUUCGUGGCAUCAACUAUACGAACUUACUUCAGAAAGAUGCAUCUCUUGCUUUGGAAGUGAAAUCUAUGAGAAAAUGGGAAUUUAAUGGCAUUGCCCAGGCAUUGAGCAGCAUUUCUUCGUGGUUUUCAGCCACACCAUCAGAAACACUAACACUACAAAGAAAUCUGAUAGUUCUGCAAGAAAAAGUUCAUUCUCGGACUACACAGGGAAUUACUAUUUCUUCUAGAGAAUUAUUGUUUGAUGAUACAUCUAAAGCUGAGCUAUUUUCAGAAGACGCCUUCUUUGAUGUUAGACAAUGCUUCCUCGACACAGAUGACAAAUUUAUUAUGAAUCAAGAAGUAGAGUCGUUACGUGGGACGAGUGAUAAGCCUACAGAAUACCAGCAUACUUUUCUGCUAUUCAGUUUCAAUGACAGGAAUCUGCCACCUAAAUUAAGGCAGAUAAUCACCUCAGAUUUAAAGCUUCUUGCUUUCCUUGAAGCAGGACUUCCUUCUUGGGUUAUUUUUCUCCAAUCUUAUCCAUUAUUUUGUAAAGUUUAUCGUCACUGGAUGCCACCUCUGCUGAGUACCAUCUUUAUAUUCGUCUCACUUAUUACUAUAAUUAUUGGGUUUUAUGAUCUAUAUAAGAAUGUGCCACUCUUGAAGUCAACCGCAUCACACCUUUGUGGACCACUUUUUAAGUGGAUUGAAGCUUGGGAUAUGAUCUCAAGAAUAAGAUAUCUUGGAACAUUCUUAUUCCUUCAGAAUCUUGUGAAGGCUGUCAAGUGGUUUCUUAUGAUGGCACGAGCAAUGAAAUUACCAGUGUUGCUGUUGACAAGGCCCUUGAUGCAGCCACUGGAAGAGAUAAUGACGCUGGUAAUACCAGCAUGGACCAUUUUUGCUGGAACGGUAGAGCAGUUCUACAUCACUGCUUGGAUUUUGGUAGAACCCUUUUGCAGCUUGGUUUCAGACUUUGUUGAGAUUUUACUUUCACCAUUGGGGCUUCUCUAUAAGUAUGUGUGGAGUGCAGUCCAAUUGAUUUGUGCAUGCUUCGAAUGUGUUUGGGAGCUGCUCCUCACUUCUACUAAAGGCGGUCUUAUGUUGGCAAAUUAUGUUGCUUCUACAUUCCAUGGCAUCUAUGCAAUGCUUGAAAAAGUCCCCCUCACAAGUAGCAUAAAUCAAAUAACAUAUGUUUCUCAAGUAAAGUCUGCUUCAUCAGGGGUCUCAUAUUGGCAUUCUCUUCAGAAUGAUCUCUACAAAGAGGUCUUCCAAUCACUUCGAAACAUUAUACGCGGUCUUGUUGCAUUCUUAACAUCCUGUAACCAGCAUAGAUUAAGCAUCUAUAACCAUCUUAUAACAAUUUUUCGCCACUCUCCCCACUUAGAUCCUAAGACUUGUUCUUCUCAUCAAGCAUCGAUUCAUGUGGACAGCAAUCAUAAGGUUCUUAUGAAAAAAUGUGAUUGUUGCCACCAUAGAAAAAGUAUUUAAAAAUGGCAAACAACAUUCUUCCUACUUUCUCACUGUCCAAGGAAAAGAAGAACGUACGACUUCAUGAGCUGAGUGCUACCAAGUAAUUAAUCCUUUGUAAAUAUUCCUAUUGAUGAUCAUAAAUGUGAUCAAUCACAAAGUUGUAUAACUAUUGUAAGCUUCAUUUAUGCAACAUAUAGAAGGCGGAUUUUUUGUUCUUCUGUUUGAUUUCUUGCUUUUACAGCCAACUAAAGAAAAAACAAAGGCAGAAUAGAAGGAAGAUGGUCAUUGGUCUUCAUGAGAUUUCAAGCAAUGUUAUGGAAUCCGUCUCCGGCUAUAUUUAUGAAAUCAAAAUUUUUUGGCUAUCGAAAUUUUUGUACUUUAUUAUAUAAUUUUGAUAAUGAUUGA